UGUGAAAUGCAAGGUUCACCGACCGGAAGUGUGUGUUCGCUCACUGCUCCGUUAGAUACGUUGUCUUUUGCCCGGUUUUAACCACAAAAUAUUAGUAAAAUAGCAUAGCAUUUCGCAUAUUUUGACCUCAUGAAACCCACCGGAGGAAGAGAUACAUCAGCAUAGGGAGAAAGAAACGAGAAGGUCCUUUUCCCACAGUUCCGGUCACUGAAUUAUCUCCCAGGAUUACCGACAACUUUUUCCUCUCCUCAAGGUGUUGAAGCUUCACGUCCAUUAAAGACAUACACAUUAAUCAUGUGCAUGUGACUAUUUUUCAUUUUGGAAAAAUGUCUUUAAAACGUGAUUUGAAAUCCCUUGGUUUUGAUCCGUCUCACAAAAAUUGUUUAGCCGGAGAGGAAUUAACCAAGAUGUAUUUGAAGCAGCGCAGAUCAGUCCUGGAGAAAGCACAGCAUGAAGAAUCACCUUUUCCACGUCUUGAAGAAAUGUCAAAACCAGAGGCAUAUGUCGUGGAGAAUAACGACAAGCUUACCAUACAGUGUCAUUUUUGUGGCAACCACAUGGCCAUGGCAACACUUCCUCCUCCUUUCCAACUCUUCUUGCCUAGUGAAGGAAGAGAAGCAAAGUCAGUGGAGAGCAGAGAUGCCGCUGUCCAAGUGGAUCUGCCGCCUACAACGAUGCUAAUGUUAAAGACCAGUAACAAGGAACACGACUCGGCCGGCCGCAGUCCUCAUGGGAACACCACAACCGGGUGCACCACGGCCGGAACCGCCACGGCGUGGUACAGCACUGUCGGGGGCCCCGCGGCUGGGUACCCCAUGGCCGGGUGCCCGCCAGCCUUUCUGAUGGACCCCAGCCCAUCUUCCAACUCAUCUCUGUCCCCACCUGGAUGGAACACCUCUGCUGGGACCACUGUUGGGUCCCAAUGGAACACGUCGUCGCUAAAUGAAUCGGUGACCAAGCAGCACCAGGAGGCCAAACUGCCCCCAGUCGACCCAGUCCGAUCCACUACUCCCAUCUGCAUCUCCUCCUCUUCCUCCUCGGCUUCCUCCAGCCCCUCCUCAUCGCCCCGCCCCCACUCCUCGUCCACGUUCCUCCCAGUCACUCUUCCCAACCUCUAUACUUCCCUGACGCAAACCAAGAAGGCCCUGCCGCGACUAAAGAGGAUCCUGCCCAAACCCAGAACUGGCCUGCAAAGCCCCGGGCCCCCAACCCUGAGCCCCCAAUCCUGCACCUCUCUGGGCCUCCGAGCACCUCCCUCUCCCCUGUUUUCCUCCCCCCCCAGGACCAGCAGCCUUGACUUGGAGGAGGGGGCGGACCUCACCCCUCCUGGCCUCAUAGCUCCUCUAAGUCCGCGGCUAGCAGAGGAGGAGGAGAACGAGGAGGAGAGCCAAGCGAAAGAGGCUGUCGCGGGAGGGACGAGGGGAGCGCCACACGAGUGUUCCGUUUGUCUCCGGGACAUGAAGACCAAGCAGCGGCUGAUGGUCCACUUCAGGGUCCACACGGGAGAGAGGCCCUUCAGGUGCGAGUUAUGCAGCUGUGCCUUCGCACAGGUGGGAAACCUCCAAUGUCACGUGAAAAGCAAGCAUCCGCUGGCGAUCCCAGAACCCGGUGGUGGCCGCAUGCGCCGGAAAUCCUCCAAAAAGGUUGCCAUGGCGUGCGACGGCACUCUUAGCCCCCCCAAGGCAGCAGAGGUCAACGCUUCUGUUGGUUUCCAGGGAGCCAACAAAGCUCUGAGCGAUUCUAGGAACGCUAGCAAUGCUCCUGCUGAAUCCAGGCUAGCGGCUUCUGGAAACCUCGACAUUGACCGCACUGCGGGCAUUGAAUUGACUAACGUGGCGACCAUUGCUAAUGACGUUGUUGGUCGUGAACCCUCCAGUUUCCCAACUGACUUCCCAAGGAGUAGGGACUUCAGUGCUUGGGACGUCCACAACGCCAUGGAGCUCAACCCAGUCAUGGAGGUCGAUGAUGCCAAGGGAAAGGGCCUGGAGGAGGCGGUGGGUCCUGGCUGUCCUCCUGGACUCAUAGCUCCUCUUAGUCCGCAGCUAGCAGAGGAGGAGGCGGUGGGUCCUGGCUGUCCUCCUGGACUCAUAGCUCCUCUUAGUCCGCAGCUAGCAGAGGAGGAGGGGGUGGGUCCUGGCUGUCCUCCUGGACUCAUAGCUCCUCUUAGUCCGCAGCUAGCAGAGGAGGAGGGGGUGGGUCCUGGCUGUCCUCCUGGACUCAUAGCUCCUCUUAGUCCGCAGCUAGCAGAGGAGGAGGGGGUGGGUCCUGGCUGUCCUCCUGGACUCAUAGCUCCUCUUAGUCCGCAGCUAGCAGAGGAGGAGGGGGUGGGUCCUGGCUGUCCUCCUGGACUCAUAGCUCCUCUUAGUCCGCAGCUAGCAGAGGAGGAGGGGGUGGGUCCUGGCUGUCCUCCUGGACUCAUAGCUCCUCUUAGUCCGCAGCUAGCAGAGGAGGAGGGGGUGGGUCCUGGCUGUCCUCCUGGACUCAUAGCUCCUCUUAGUCCGCAGCUAGCAGAGGAGGAGGGGGAGGGUCCUGGCUGUCCUCCUGGACUCAUAGCUCCUCUUAGUCCCCAGCUAGCAGAGGAGGAGGCGGUCGAGGAGGAGGGCCGAGGAAAUAAGGCGAUCGCUGGAGUGACGACUGGACGGCCCUUUGAGUGUUCCGUUUGUCACAUUGACAUGAAGACCGAGCAGCAUCUCCAGAUCCACUCAAAACUCCACACCGGCUACUGGUGUGAGUUAUGCAGGAUUUCCUAUAAAUCGGGGAAAACCCUUCGCUUUCACAUGAAGCGGAAGCAUCCGCUGGCGAUCCCAGAACCCAGUGGUGGCCACGUGCCCUGCAAAUUCUCAAAAAAGGUUGCCAUGGCGGUCGGUAGCGCUCUUAGCCCUCCCAAGGCAGCAGAGGUAAACGCUUCUGUUGGUUCCCAGGGAGUGAACAAAGCUCUGACUGAUUCUAGGAAAGCUAGAGAUGCUCCUGCUGAUUCUAAGCUAGCUGGGAACGACAACAUUCAUAUUGACUGCGCUGCGAUCAUUGGAGAGACUACCGGGGCUAACAUUGCUAAUGACGUUGUUGGUCAUGAACCCUCCAGUUUUCCAACUGAUAGAGCGUUGAGUAGGGACUUUAGUGCUGGGGACGUCCACAACGCCAUGGAGCUCAAUGUCAUGGAGGUAAACCCCGACGUGGUGGUCAAGCCCAACGUGGAGGUCAACCCCAUCCCAGAGGUCAACCCCAUCCUGGAGGUAAACCCCGACGUGGUGGUCAAGCCCAACGUGGAGGUCAACCCCAUCCCAAAGGUCAACCCCAACUUGGUGAUCAACCCCAACUUGGUGGUCAAGCCCAACGUGGAGGUCAACCCCAUCCCAGAGGUCACCCCCACCCCGGAGGUCAAUCCCAACAUGGAGGUCAACCCCAACGUGGAGGACAAUGACGUUGAAGGGGUCAAUGAUGCCAAGAGAAAGAGCCUGGAGGAGGCGGUGGGUCCUGGCUGUCCUCCUGGACUCAUAGCUCUUCUUAGUCCCCAGCUAGCAGAGGAGGAGGCGGUGGGUCCUGGCUGUCCUCCUGGACUCAUAGCUCCUCUUAGUCCGCAGCUAGCAGAGGAGGAGGCGGUGGGUCCUGGCUGUCCCCCUGGACUCAUAGCUCCUCUUAGUCCGCAGCUAGCAGAGGAGGAGGCGGUGGGUCCUGGCUGUCCUCCUGGACUCAUAGCUCCUCUUAGUCCGCAGCUAGCAGAGGAGGAGGUGGUCGAGGAGGAGGGCCGAGGAAGUAAGGAGAUGGCUGGAGUGAGGACGGGACCGCCCUUUGAGUGUUCUGUUUGUCACAUGGACAUGAAGACCAAUCAGCUGCUCCAGAUCCACUUAAUAGUCCACACGGGGCGCCACAGGUGUCAGUUAUGUGGCAUUGCCUACAUAACGGUGGGAUCCCUUACGAAUCACAUGAGGCUGAAGCAUCCGUCCAUUUCGAGUUUCCCCACGGCAGCAGACGCUUAUGUUGGUUUCCAGGAAGCCACCAAAUCUCAGACUGAUUCUAAGCAAGCUAGCUCCGGAGAGGCUAAUGUUUCUAACAUUGACAACACUGCUAGCUCCGGAGAGGCUAAUGUUUCUAACAUUGACAGCACUGCUAGCUCCGGAGAGGCUAAUGUUUCUAACAUUGACAGCACCGUUAGCUCCAGAGAGGAUAAUAUUUCUGACAUUGACAGCACCACGAGUUCGAGAGAGGCUAUUGUUUCUAACAUUGACAGCACCACUAGCUUCGGAGAGGCUAAUGUUUCUAACAUUGACAGCACCACUAGCUUCGGAGAGGCUAAUGUUUCUAACAUUGACAGCACUGCGAGCUCCGGAGAGGCUAACAUUGCAAACGGUUCUGCCUUUGGUUUCAAGGAAGCUAGCAAAGCUCCUACUUAUUAUAAGCAUGCUGGUUACGACAUUGGCAUUGACAGCGUUGUUGAAGAGGUCAACGGCAUUAUGGAGGUCAACCCGAUCACGGAAGUCAAUGAUAUCAAGGGGGAGUUCAAAGACAUCACAGAGGUCAAUGACGUCUCUGAACUCAAUGUUGUCAGGGAGGCUUCCAAUAAUGUUAAGACGAAGGUCUAUGGUGUCAUGGAGCUCAAUCAUAUGGAGGACACAAACGCUGUGGUUGGCAGUGAUAUCACAGUUCUCACCAGGAGAACCCGGAGAGACCAUCGGGAGCAGAGGAAAGACUUCUUCUGUCUUGAGUGUUUAGAGUGUUUCCGCAUGGAGGAAGAUCUCAUGAAACACGAAUACGAGAAGCACCCGCAUGGGGAACAACCCGAAAGCAACGACGACAACAGUAGAAGCCCGGAGCCGUUUGUUCACCAACUGAGGUGGAGCUCUGAAGAAAACCUCUUGGCGCUUAGCACAGACUCGGAGCCAAUGAACUCUGGCGAAGUCGAGACGAAACAGACAUUGCGGCAGGGUCGAAAGAGGAAAGCUAGUUCCCCCAGACUUUCCGAAAUCCCAGUGGAAAGGGCGACGGGGAAACGUAAAGUAAAAAAGAGAGUGCCAAAGAGUUACACAGGCUCUGGAGCCAGGGGCGGAAUGGAUGCUCCCAAGCCUGCGUUUGGAGAGAUCCAUAUUCAGGGCAUACCCCAGAAGGUUCCGCAACCCGUGGAGAAAUACUUUACAUGUGUCAGAAUGAGUGCACGGAGCUGGCCCUGCAAAACUGCACUGCAAAACUCAACAGAUACACAAGGAACACCGACGGAUACAACAGCUGGCCAGACAGAAACACCAGGCAGGCAGACACACACACCAGACACAUUGGCCAGACGGAUAGACCAACCAGACAGACAGAUGGACACACCAAACAGACAGACGGACACACUGGCCAAACGCACGUGCACAAUGACCGACAACCAAGGCAGACAGACAAACACACAGCCAGUGAAUGACGGUGACGGUGAAACCAGUAAAGAGUACCCGGUUGGAGUGGAAGCCAGCAGAGAAGAGAGACACACUGGAACAGAGAGACAGGAAACAGGCUCUACGUCUGAAGCCCCAGAAAGAGUCAACACGCUGGACGGAAAUAUGCCAGGCUUCCUAAAGCCCUGCUCCGUCAAGCUCUUCUGUUUGCCACAGCAUACUCUAGAGGCGCAUCGCAUUAAGGGAUUGAAAGGAACUCUAUUCUAGAAGCUUCUUAUCUGCCAAGGUCUUUGUUGCGGUUCCGGGGGCAUGCUAAGAAACUGCACAUUUCUGAAUUUACCUGCUGGAUUUCUAAGAAACAUUUCUGAAUUUACCUGCUGGAUAUCUAUGUGAAAUUCAAGUACAUUGACACUUUUUAAUUACUUA